CUGUGCGUGCGUGCGUCUUACAGCCAUGGUGUCAACUGGUUGUUAGCUAGCGCUAGCUACCGUGUUAGCUGGCUUCUUGAAACAUUCAAACAUAGGCAGUCUACACCAAGGAAUUGCUCUUGUUCAUCAUGCUAAAGGACCCCUGCUCCCGCAACAUGCUUGGGAACAUUUGCUGCCAAAGAAAAUGAGAGGCUUUCGGAAGACAAUGAUAAAAUAGCCAGCGCCAACAAAAAGUGAAGCUACAGUUUUGGAACAUCCGAUUUCCUUGCUCGCUAGCAUCCUGAGAAGCAAAGCUCUGAGAUUUUGCAAGCACUGGAUGCGGAAGGAGGAUAUGAGGCAAGCUGGCCAGCUAAUGCUAAUUGUAAGCUAUGCUGGGAUACAUACCUGGAAAACAUUUAAGUGUGAUCACAGUUAUCAAAUCUACCAAGCUAGCCUACGCUAACAUUAGUCAGUAGAAGGGCCAACGCUAACGUAAAGCCAACUUGUCAUAGGCUGACGUUGAAUUUCUCAAGCUAACGAAAGGGACAUUACUGAGGUUGAAAUGUUGAUAUUUGCGGCCUAGCCUUAGCCGGUAUCUAGCGAAUAUCAAGCGACCGAUGCUCAACGUUUGUCAGCGAGUUUGCAGAGGUGAACAGCUGCUGUCGAGUGUGUUUUUGCAUUUACCGAAGAGCUAAUACGUAUCUGCGUUUAAACAUGUCAUAUUUGCCAAUAAUAAACCCGUAGAGAUCUUCGUAAGCUAGGCUAAAUCACCCGCUAGCUUGCUAAUGUCAAUCAAAAAACUCGAUCUAGGGUUGGCCUUCACGUUAAAAUUGGGUGUUAUAAGCUGUGAGAUCUUGUUUUAUAGCUGGACACGAUAUCAGUCAUGUUGAGUAACUUUCCUUAUGUUUGCUUUGACUGACAAGCGUAGCACUCAUUUUAGUUCUCCUAGUACAUAUCACAGUGUGGUGAGCAGUUAAAAAUAGUGUACAGAUCUCAGAUCUGCUCAAUUACUCUACUGUGAUUUUAUGGAUAUGAAGGGUUCAAGUUGAAUAUUUGAUUAAUUGGAAAUGUAGUCUUGUUUUUUUGUGACCCUUCAUUAAACUGAAAACUAAUAAGGCAUCAAAACUACUUUUGAUUUUUGUUUCAUAAUGAUGUGGAAUUUAAAGAAGUGCCUAAAGUAAACACACUUGAAGGUACUUCUCUCGACAGCUGAUCUUUGCAUGUUGAGGGCUUUAUACUACAAUAAAUUAUUACAAGCAUUUUAGAAUUUCUACUGUAAUGUCAUAGAGUAGAUUUUUGCCUAAAAGUAAUUUUGCUCACUGAAUGCAAUGUAUAUGUAGCUUCAAACAAACAGUUUUGAUUUUUCUUACAGAUGAAUAUUUUUGCACACACUCAGUGGGUUACCAAUGUGCCAAAAAGUCACUCUACUGAUUACCCAACAAGGAUUAGGCUAGAGUGUGGCAACGUCGGUUCAGGGAGGGAGCACAUACUGGCAAAAGAAUAUGCAAGGAUUCUUGACCUCAACUGAAGUAUACAUAUCCAAGACACUGAACUAUUGUCCUUCAUGAAACAGUCUUGGUUAACCUGCCAUUCCCAAUGGAAGUGCCAUCAUAGACACAAUAUACUGUGGCUUGAACUGCUGCAUAGUUGUUUUGAGCUGCAGCCUUGGAGGAACAGUUUCAGCAUUUAGUUGAACGCGAAGGAGGAGAUGGGUUCCCAAGCUCUUCAGAUAUUGCGGCAGGGUGUGUGGGCCUCGCUCACGGGAGGAUGGUAUGUGGACCCCCAUCAGAGCACAUUCUCCAACUGCUUCCAUCUCUACCUUUGGAUUUUUCUCCUGGCCUUCCCCUUUCUGCUGUACAUGGCUCUUCCUCCCAGCUUGGUGGUCGCAGGCGUGUACUCUGCUGUUGUGGCAGUCUUUUUCACAGCCAUUAAGGUGGUGAACUAUCGCCUCCAUGCAAUGUUUGAUCUUGGGGAGAUUGUAGAGAAGAAGCAGGCGUCACUGUCCGCUGAAGCCCCGAGGACUGAAGAAGGAGAUGAAGGUUCAGGUGUACACGAUGGGAAUCAGCAAAGGGAUAGUCAUGUUGGUGUGGAGAUGACUGUGUUUCGAAAGGUCAACUCAACACCCCCUGUCCGCUGCAGCUCCCAGCACUCACUGUUUGGAUUAAACCAAGUUUCUGAGUUCUUGCCCCAGCUGGAGGAUACAGGGGGUACUAAGGAUAUCAAAGAGUUCAUGCGGGAACAAGGAAGCAAUAAUGUCAUUGUUACGUCAGCUCACCGUGAAAUCCUUCGCCAGAGUUCCCAGGAUAUCAUUCGGACUCCCAAUGUGGUCCCGUCCUGCAUUUCGGCUGCUCUGGGUGGUGAUUUCCCAAGUCUCAUUGGAGUAUCUGGAGUGGCAGCUGGAUUUGUAGAAACUGGAGACUGCUUGUCUAUCCCUCCUUCACCCUCCAGUCAGGAGGAUGGAGGUGAGAAAGACCAGUUGCAAGAAAUGGAUGAGUUACCAGAACAACGGUGCCAGAAAGACAAAGGGUUGGGAGAUUAUUCUCCCCUUGGUCCGUCUGCUGAAUCAGAGAGCCUGGGGGAGACUCCCCUCAGCCCCCUUAUAAAAAGCAGCUUAAGUGAGGAGCUAAGUGAAAAUCUCCUGGGUUUGGGCCUCGACCCUGUGGCAUUUGCACCUGGAACUAAGCACCCAGGCAGCCGGAGUGGAGUAGCACUAGCUGCAGGAUCUACAGACAGUUGUUUCAGUGCAGGUGGAGCCACCACAGACCGUGAGACGCUCAGUACUGUCAGCAGUUACCGCAGUGAAAAAACAGAUUCCACUCAGCUAGAAAGUCCUUCAUUCAGCCAGUCACGGCCUGCAGAUGGACAGACAUCUGCCCCUGCACCAGCAAUGGGCUCUAAUAUCCCAGAGCCUGUGGAGAGUCUAGCAGGACAGGGUGGCAGUGAUACAGACAACCUGUCAGACAGUGUGUUGCUACGCUCCCCUUCCAAAGAGUUCUCCCACAGCCAGGGCCUGGACAGGACACUUGUUGAAGGAGAGGAUUUGGCCCCUGUCCCGUCAGAUAUUGCACAGCCCCCUCCACUUCAGAACUCCUCUCCAUCAAGUAGCGGCCACUCUGAGGUUUGUGAUUUAGACAGAAAUGUUGCAGUGCCUCCCUUACCACCACCCCGACAGGCCAAUUCAGUGCCCUCGGGGCUGGCCCUGGGUCUAGUGUGUUCUGAGCCUGCUUUGCCCAUAUCCUCUGCUCCCUUCUUGCUGUCUGAUCAGCCUGCACUUCAAGCCCAGCAGGUAGUGCGCCCUAAAGACUUGAAGCUGCUGCGGGCCAGCGGCAGUACCGUAGGGCACAGGCCAGGCCGUAGGAAAGCUCCAAGGAGGCGAGCUGGAGCAGGAAGCAGUAGCUUUGACUGUGGCUCUUACAGGCGUCACCACAAUCACAGACAACACAGAGAUUACAUCCUUGUUCGAAGACUGGGUGCCAAGGCUUACAGUGAAAGUUUGUUUGAAGACUCGAGCGAUGAGGAUGAUGGCAGUGACGUGAGCGCUGGUUCUAGUCUGGGCUCUCAGCGCCAUUUUAGCUCAGACGAUGACGACAAUGACGAUGAUGAUUCGAGUUCCUCUACCUCCUGCUACUCCCCCGAUCUCGCUAACACUGGUGUGACGUCCACACUGUCCCCUGCUGCUCAACUGCCCACCCCAAGGGAAGGGGAAUUACCUGACACUGCUGGCCCCUCGAAUGCUCGUGCCGCUCAGCGCUCUUCUAGCACAGCCAGUGCUAAGACUCAUGCAAGAGUGCUAAGUAUGGAUGGGGCAGGUGGAGGCCAGAGCAACACUGCAGCUCUGCCGUCCACUCUGCUUACAAUGCCCUCCACCUCCACCCCUGCACCACGCACUCUUACCAUCUCUAAGUCUGACCUGGAAGCGCGCACCAGCCAUACAGAUGGCUUUCCUAGCACUCGACAUCAUCAUCAUCAUCAUCAUCAUCAUCAGCGACUGGACUCUCUUGGAGGCUCUUGGACUGGCAACCAGAUGGGCUGGAGGACUGGAGAGCUGGUUGAAGAGGGAGCUGUCGGAGGAGCCUUGGAUCCUGAGAAUGGAGGCAAACAUGAUUCAGUCAGCAGUGUUAAGAGGACCCAAGCCAUUCGCAGGAGACACAAUGCUGGGAGCAACCCUACACCACCCCCAUCCACAAUGGGAUCCCCUCCCAGCCUCCAGGACCUCCAGCGGACCAGGACCUCAUCUCACUCACGGGCUCGCACACUUCCCUCAGCCUUACAGUUUGCCUCCUCGCUCCUCCUGCCCCGUGGUGGUGUCCACGAAGCCUCCACCUUUGACGACACAUCAGAGGGGGCAGUGCACUAUUUCUUUGACGAGAGUGGCGUGAAGAGGUCAUACACGUUUGGAACUGCAGGAGGUGGAUAUGAGGAUCCAGUUCAGGAAAGGGAGAGACAGUCCCAAUCAUCAAGCUUCACCUCCACUGAGGUCCAGGAUGGGGCACCAGUGGCCAUGUUCCAGCCCAGACCUGUAGUUUUACAGGGCAUGCAGGUGCGCCGAGUGCCUCUGGAAAUGCCUGAGUUUGAUUUGGACCACGAGUCUCUGCAAGAGUCCCAAGAAAACACUCUGAUGAUCGAGGAAAAGGCCAAACCCAAGCAGUACUAUCGCUUUUGGGUGCUACCGGGGAAGUGGCUGAGGGUUCGUUAUGAUCGGUUGGCACUUCUAGCCUUAUUGGACAGAAACCGCCGCGUGGGGGAGAAUGUGUUUGCUGUGGUGCUGGCAAGUCUGGUGGCCUUCCUGGGGUUCCUGCUUCUGCUCCAGGGCUUCUUCAGGGACAUCUGGGUCUUCCAGUUCUGCCUGGUCAUUGCCAGCUGUCAGUACUCCUUACUGAAGAGUGUGCAACCAGAUGCAGCGUCACCCAUGCAUGGCCAUAACUGGAUCAUUGUGUACAGUCGGCCAGCUUACUUUUGCUUGUGCUGUGUGGUGAUCUGGAUUUUUGACCUGUCUGGACGCUCUGGAAUCCUGCAACCCGUCUCCCUCUAUGGUGUCACCUUUUUCUCUGGACAGUUCCUGCUCUGUGUCAGGGAUAUGCUCAUCGUGUUUGCCUUGUGUUUCCCAGUCAUCUUCCUGUUCGGGUUGCUACCUCAGGUCAAUACUUUUGUGAUGUGUCUGCUGGAGCAGAUCGACAUGCACGUUUUUGGGGGAACUGCCACUACCAGCCCCCUCUCAUCUCUAUUUAGCCUCAUACGCAGCAUCCUAGUGGCUGCCCUGCUGUAUGGAUUUUGCCUCGGUGCUAUUAACGCACCGUGGGGGGAUGCCCAUGUGCCAGUACUGUUCUCUGUGUUUUGUGGCUUACUCUUGGCUUUAUCCUACCACCUCAGCCGCCAAAGCAGCGACCCCACCAUUCUCUGGGCGUUGGUCCGGUCUAAAUUGUUUCCAGAGCUGGAAAACCGAACACCAGAGGAACCUCCUGUGGAGAUCAAAGACCCUCUUCCUGAGAAGCUACGUAACUCUGUGAAAGAGGUUCUCCAUUCAGACCUUGUCAUGUGUCCCCUCAUGGCUGUGAUUACCUUCGCCAUCAGUGCCAGCACUGUUUUCAUCGCUCUUCAACCUGCUCUUAGCUUUGUCCUGUACAUCCUGGCUGGAGUUGUAGGCUUCAUCACACACUAUCUCCUGCCUCAGCUGCGCAAACAGCUGCCGUGGUUCUGCUUGGCUCACCCUGUGCUGCGCUCCAGAGAGUACAGUCAGUUUGAGGUUCGAGAUGCUGCUCAGUUGAUGUGGUUUGAGAAGCUGUAUGCGUGGCUUCAGUGCGUGGAGAAAUAUUUCAUCUACCCAGCUGUAGUUCUCAACUCUCUAACGACAGAAGCUCGAACUGUGGGCCAGAACCAUAAAGAACUGGACAUUUACAGCCGAGCUCUCUUCAUUUCAGUGGCAGGAAUGAAGCUGCUGCGUUCGUCCUUUUGUGCCCCAUCGCAGCAGUACGUCAUGCUGUGCUUCACCACACUCUUCUUCCAGUUUGACUAUCCGCGCUUCUCUGAGACAUUUUUAAUUGACUAUUACUUCAUGUCCAUUAUCUUCAGCAAGAUGUGGGACCUCCUGUACAAGCUCCGCUUUGUACUCACUUACAUCGCCCCCUGGCAGAUUACCUGGGGCUCAGCCUUCCACGCCUUUGCACAACCCUUUGCUGUGCCUCACUCUGCUGUGCUUUUCGUCCAGGCUGUCUUUUCUGCCGUCUUUUCCACCCCCCUCAAUCCUGUCCUAGGCAGCGCUGUGUUUGUCACGUCGUACAUUAGACCCGUCAAAUUCUGGGAGAGAGACUACAACACCAAGCGGGUUGAUCAUUCGAACACUAGACUUGCUACUCAGUUAGACCGUAACCCAGGUGCUGACGACAACAAUCUGAACUCCAUAUUCUACGAGCACCUGACCCGCUCUCUGCAGCAUAGCCUGUGUGGAGACUUGCUGCUUGGCCGCUGGGGAAACUACAGCACGGGCGACUGCUUCAUCCUCGCCUCAGACUACCUUAACGCUCUGGUGCACAUCAUCGAGAUUGGCAAUGGCCUGGUCACCUUCCAGCUGAGGGGUCUGGAGUUCAGAGGUACGUACUGUCAGCAGAGAGAGGUGGAGGCCAUCACCGAGGGGGUGGAGGAGGACGAGGGCUGCUGCUGCUGCGAGCCUGGCCACCUCCCCCAUAUGCUGUCGUUCAAUGCUGCCUUUGGGCAGCGCUGGCUGGCGUGGGAGGUGGCCGCCACCAAGUACGUGCUGGAGGGCUACAGCAUCAGUGACAACAAUGCCGCCUCUAUGUUACAAGUGUUUGACCUUCGUAAGAUCCUCAUCACAUAUUAUGUCAAGAGCGUCAUCUAUUAUGUGAGUCGAUCAUCAAAGCUAGAGGACUGGCUGACGAAUGAGUCGAUUCAGGAGGCUCUGCGGCCUUGUCUCAGCCCCAACUACAUUGAUAGUGACCCCACAUUCAACCUGAACAUUGAUGAGGACUAUGACCACAGGGCCUCUGGGAUUACUCUGUCCUCAUUCUGCAUCAUUUACCUGGACUGGAUUCAGUACUGCAAUAGCAGGCGUCAAACGCCGGUGGCUAGUGAAAAAGACUCGCCACUUGUCAGCCUCUGUUUUGGGCUGUGUAUUCUGGGAAGAAGAGCCCUGGGCACAGCCUCUCACAGCAUGUCUGCAAGCCUGGAGCCCUUUUUGUAUGGCCUCCAUGCACUGUUCAAGGGAGACUUCCGCAUCACGUCUCCCAGAGAUGAGUGGGUGUUUGCAGACAUGGACCUGCUGAAUCGAGUCGUGGCACCAGGAGUGCGGAUGUCCCUCAAAUUGCAUCAGGACCACUUCACAUCUCCAGAUGAGUAUGAGGAUCCUAUGGUUCUUUAUGACGCCAUCACUGCCAAUGAAGAGAAGAUGUUGAUAUCACAUGAAGGUGACCCAGUGUGGCGCAGCGCGAUUCUAGCCAACAUGCCUUCGCUGCUGGCAUUGCGCCACAUCAUGGAUGAUGGAAGCGACGAGUACAAGAUCAUCAUGCUGAACAAGAGGUUCCUCAGCUUCAGAGUCAUCAAGGUCAACAGAGAGUGUGUGCGCGGGCUGUGGGCGGGUCAGCAGCAGGAGCUGGUUUUCCUGCGCAAUCGUAACCCAGAGCGUGGCAGCAUACAAAACGCCAAACAGGCCCUGAGGAAUAUGAUCAACUCGUCGUGUGACCAGCCCAUUGGCUACCCAAUCUACGUGUCCCCUCUCACCACCUCAUAUGCUGGAGGACACGGCCAGCUCCGGUCUGUGUGGGGAGGACCCGUCAGCCCGCACAACAUUUACACCUGGCUCAUCAGUAGCUGGGACAGGUUACAGAAAGGUUGUGGCGCUGGCUGUAACAGUGGAGGAAACAUUGAGGACUCAGACUGUGGAGGCGGCUCCACCUCGAUCUCUACCAACCCAGCUGUUCACACUACACAGAGCACACCAGCCUCCAGCCUCCCCCAGCCACACAUCACCACUGUCCAGCCCUCUAUGGGUACAGACAACCCUCUAGGUCCAACACAGAACUGGCCUCACCACCCACAGCCUCUUCCAUUAGCUCUGCUUAGCCAGUCAGAGGGCAGGAUGGAGGCAGGACUGUUGACAUCUUUACAGCGCACCGCUUCAAUUCAGGGGCUCCUGGGCCAGCAGCUGUCCAGUUCCCAGCUGUCGUUCAGCAGCUCCGUGGCUCAGCCCCCUCUUCCAGGUCCAGAGCGCUUCUGCCUGGAGACCUCUGGGCACCGAGUGGGCCAGCGGGCUGGCCUCAGCCAGGGGAGCGGACUACACUAUGAGAGCCACUUUGGGAAGUGGAGUUUUUCGGGCAGGAAGGCAUUUAACGGACCAGCUGUAACGGAGGGUGAAGGAGGAACAGUGCAGACCAUACGGACACAGCCUACUCCCUCUACAGCCCUACAAGACAUCAGUCCAACACAGGAUCCUCUGGGAGCCACUCAGAAAAUGGAUCCAGUCCUGCAGACACCAGGUGACCCGCUCACCCCUCGAGAGGAAUCCACAGAGCUGCCUUUACUUGAGCACCUACACUGAGUCUGCACUAAGAGAUUCAGAGUGACAUUCUCUGCAGUGAAAGCACACCGCAGCUGAAUCUGGACCGGGCCUAUCCCGUCCAGACUAAAGUCAUUCCAGCUUUUGGGACUCAUUCUGUCUGCUCUCAGUCACCUGAGUGCAGCUGCUGUUUGAUGGGUUUGGUUAUGCUGUUUAUCACUCCAUGCCGCCUCAGCCUAAGCAGCUAAACACCUGAAUGCAUGCUGAGCUGGUGCAGGUCAGAUCAUGAAAUGAUUUUAGCCAAAUUCAGCUUCUGAGUCAAAUCUUGAUGAUGAUGGACUCAUUCUUGCCCCUCACCCCCACCAUGGACACACAGUGUCUCUAUGGACAACCUAUAGGUUUUAACUGUAGUGGCCAGAAAGGCCCGGUGCAAUUAUAAGAGAUAUUUAGCUUAAGGAUUGUUUAUUUUUCUAUACUGGAGAAUAAAGGAUCAGCUCAGUCGUUCUCACUUGAAAGCAGCAAGGUUUUUUUUUUUUUCGUAAAAGGAAAAAGUGUUCAGUUGAAGGAUAUGUUGAACUUUAAGUCCCCAAAGUGACUGUCAAACAAUAUUAAUUAGUAACAUAUUGACCAAUUUAAUUAGCCUCUAUCUAUGCUCUCAACAUAAAACAUAAUCAAAAGUGAUUUAUUCUGUGGCUUCCAUGCCUCACAACAUCAUCAGUUCUGUUCGGAGCAGGUUUCAGGGAUAAACUCAGAUAAGUCCCUUCCACCCAGCCAACACGUGCUACUACCACCUGUUUACAGUCUAUUUAGGCCUGGAUCUGACUGGCAGCGUGGACAUGUGGGAUGACUUCUGACUCAGCGGAACCCCGUAGGUCAGGAUCAAGUUUUGAUUCCAGUCUGUGAAAAUUGUGUUGAUCACAAACCUAAAAAAAAACUGGGAGUGUUAAAAGCAUAAAGACUUUUUAGUAGAAUGUCUUUUUUUUUUACUUGAAGAAUCACAAUUUUCUCUGUUUAAAGUGCACUGAGUUUGUCUCUGACUAGAUCCAGUCUGCUCACGACGUUCUCAGUAGCAGGGACCCAGGCUGCUUCGUGUGGGGAGCUCUGUUUUCUUUGCCUGCAGUACGGCCCCUCCCAUUACUAUACUACUGCUUCAGCAUCUCCUGCUACUACUAAUAUACCCACUACUACUGCUGUUCCUACAACAGUCAAAUCCAGCGUUUUAGUUGGAAAUAAGUUUAAUAAAUACUGAAAGCGAAAGGCAGACUAUUUAUUUGAGUAAUAUUGUCUUACAGAUAUCUUUAAGGAGUUUGUUUAUAUGGUGUGCUGAUAUAUCAGAUUGGAAAUCUACCUUUUCAACUGUGCCCCCACCCUCCCUCCACCUUCCCAGUGUUUGUAUCAUCUCACCAAUGGCAGUCUUUUUAAUUUAAGAGUGUAAAAUAACUGGACGAAAUGCUGAGAAUUCACUUUGAGUAGAUUCUUUCCCAACUCUCACGCUUUGUAUGUCCCACCACUGUGAAAUGCAAAAAAGAUGGUAGUUGGACGCAAUCGGGCCCCAAAAGUACCCGGAUCCUGUGGCUGUGCCACUGUGAGCAGCUACAGGAUGGGUUUUAACCAGACUACUGCCUGGUAUGCGAGCUCUCCCAACUAAUUCUCCUGGAAAUGUGUUAACUUGAAAGAAGACAGACGUUCUCAGGGUUUAUUAUGGGAAGGAAAUCAACUUUCUCAGUGGAAAUGGUUUUUGUCGGAGGGUGAGCAGCUCGUGUACAGUCACACUGGCAUUAAAAUAUGGCCCUCUGAAGCAUUCUACUCUCUGUGGGUUGCAGCACGCGCUGCUCACUGCAUGCUGGUAAAUCCAUAGAUUUGUUGAGGUCUCUUCGCAGCAGUACAACAUCCCCCACACACGUUUUUAUUUUCCUAUCCGUUGAGAUUUCUGUCAGUCUCAGCUGUGAAGGAAACACGACAGUGAAAAGUGUCUGGAUCCCUCUCAAAUGCGCAACUCCCUCGACUCAGGAAAAACAGAGACUUUCUGAUCAAGUGCUGUUUUCUGUUUUUCUUUUCUACCUUGUAUCCAAAGCAACAGGGAGGUGUUUUUGUUUGUUUUUUGUCUUUGCUGGGAGUGAGGAAAGCACAAGAUAAUGGUCAGACCUGGGUGUCAAUAAAAAGGGAUUUCGUAAUCUCUGCAAUUCUGUACAGCAUGUUUCAUAUAUAAAUAUAUUAAAAAUACAAAUCUAUUUUAUUAUUAUUGGAUUUUUGGGUUGUUAAAGUUUAGAGACACUUGAGUUUUCCGGGAGGAAUCCUUGUUCAUCCAUCAGAGGGGAGAUCUGCGUGGAGACGCACUCUUCACAUUUAAAUGUGCAGUUUAGAAGAACCAGUUCAAACUUCUUUUGCACAAAAUGUGUUCUACACCACCCCACUUUGGUUUUACUACUUUGGUUAUUUUGAGAGGGGGCUCUUUUAUUUAACUAAGGACCUCAAGUCAAUGUUCUGUACAGUUUUUUUUUUUUUAAGUGAUUUUUUUUUUCUCCUCCUAUUUAAAUUAAAGGUUAUCGUGUCUUUGUUUGCAAACGAA